CUCCGUCCAUUCAGCGUCCUCUGAUCCCGUUAUUCACUUUCCUCCUUUCGACUAGCAGACGGCGCUUCCUCACUCCAGCUUGGUUUUAAUAAUUUUAAGCUGCAUUAUCCAAGACAUCGAUCUCCGCGUCCAUCGUUCUCCAUUUCUGGCCUCCCCCGUCGCGACCUACACCCCAAGCUACCUUGUCCCCGGACGCCGUCUGAGAUGCAAUAAGACUUGUCAAUUCCCACCUACGCAGUCCCUCGCCCACUUUUCCUUCUACCUCCCCCCUCCCAUACCGGUACAACAAAGUUUGGUUUGCUGCUGCGCCGAGUUUGACGAUAUCAAUUGUUCACGACAAAAUAAUAAACAAACAAUCGUGGCAGUCGACUUUUUCCCUUGUUUUGGGUAUCAAUCAUUGUCGUGAACCUUGCCUUUAGUUGUUAUUACAACUUAUUGGUAAUUGCGAUCAAUCUCCGUAGUGCCAAUCUUGGUUGACUUGGAUUGAAUCGAUUUUAGGACCGACAUUUUGUGGUUCGAUUGGACAUCUGGAUCCCUUCAACCCCUUCACCAUUCAAGUCCACGUCACAGCUUACAACAAUGGCUACCAUAACUCGUCAACCCUUUGCGCCUCUUGACGGAGCGCGCUUGCAGACAUUGACAAGCCUAAAGAACAGACAGAAUGCUCUCUCAAACGCGUCGUCUCCGAAGCGAAAAGCAUCAGACAGCUUAGAUACGGACGAUUUCGAGAACGUGGACCCGGUGCUCUACUCUAAGAGAUCAAAAGGCUCGGAUAACGUCUUUGCCCCUAAGGAUUCUUUCGUCAAGCCGUCAUUAAUUCUCACGAAAUCGGCUAGCGCCAACGAUGUCUCUAUUCUCAGUCCGCCUAAGGCAGCCGCUCCGCGCGCACGGUCCUUACUCAACCCCAAGUCGCCUGUUUCGAAACUGAACAUCAGCUCGGCUAGAUCCACACCCCUUUCGGCUCCCGCUGGUCGAUCUCCAACCCGUGGCAAGAGGUCCGGUAUUCUCUCUUCUCGCCAGCGCACAAAGGCGUUCUCUCGAGUGAACCCGCCCAGCUUUAGUUCCUCGAGCGCAUCUUCCGCACCGUUCUCACUAGAUGCAGCUCUCAAGGGUACAAUCCCCAGCUACGCCGGCCGCAAAGCCCAUUCUGCGGCAAAGUCUUCAUCUAGUUCCCUUGGCCUCGACAGCCUAGAGGAGGGAGAUAUCAAGCAAUCGUGGUUCUUCGAUAUCCACGAAGACACUCCGGAGCAGGAAAUGACCAACCUACUACAGCACAGCACAUGUGUACUAGACAUCAGCUCGGACGAAGAAAGCGAGACCCGGCGUCAACGAGAACGUGCCGAGGGUAAGGAAAAUGUACCUCCGGCAGAUGACGUCUCUCAGACCUCGCGACCGCGGGCUGCUAGACAUGCUGCAGAGGACGAGAUGGUGUUUGAGAAAGAAAGGAAUCCUCUCGGCGAGAUGAAUGUUCGCGAGUACUACUCGGAGGGAUGCGAUGAGAAUACCAUCGUCAUCAUACCGGGUGAUGACGAAGAAGUUGGCGAACCCCAACAGCAGACACGGUACAGGCCUGACGUCACCCCCGCGCUUAACUCAGGCGAAUCAGAUGCCCCUCAACUUAGCGCUGAAGACGGCGCACAUUCAGUAGACCGGUUGAUGGGGAAAGCAGAUGAGCCCGCCCCUGGCGCCGCUGUGCUCGAGCCGAUGGAAGGAACAGGCGAGAGCUUCGAGGUAUGGGAAAGCGGAAGCGCGAAGGAUGAAGCAGAGGCAACCAUAGUGGAGGCGACAGAGUGCUAAUGAAGAAUGGAUGAUAAUAUUACGGAUUAUGGAUCCUACGGGAGGUAGCAAUGGCGUCACGGGGCAUUUCUUCAAAGGUUAUGGGCUACGGCUGGGUUCUAUGGCAAGGUGCGGACUGGGCCGGUUGGUACUCUGCUUUUCACUGUUUUUUUUGUA